CCAGUGCGGCAGUGUUCUGAGUUUCGGCUCGCUUGUGAAAGGAUCUGCGCGGAUCCAGCAUUUAUUAGUUCAAAGUACAUGUUGUGUUGUGUAGACACUGACUCUAGACAGUAGGGUUUAGGUUGCCAGUGGUACAGUAUGUCGGUGCCCGUAGCUUCUACGCGUUUCAGCGAUAACUACGAUCUGAAAGAAGAAUUGGGGAAGGGUGCUUUCUCUGUAGUACGAAGAUGUGUUCAGAAAUCAACAGGUUUAGAGUUUGCAGCGAAAAUAAUAAACACCAAAAAAUUAUCAGCAAGAGAUUUUCAAAAAUUGGAACGAGAAGCAAGAAUUUGCAGAAAGUUACAACAUCCAAAUAUAGUGAGAUUACAUGACAGUAUACAAGAAGAAAAUUUCCAUUAUUUGGUAUUCGAUCUAGUCACAGGUGGAGAAUUAUUCGAAGAUAUUGUCGCAAGGGAGUUUUAUUCCGAAGCAGAUGCAUCACACUGUAUUCAACAAAUAUUGGAAUCUGUUAAUCACUGUCAUCAAAAUGGCGUAGUACAUAGGGAUCUUAAGCCUGAAAAUCUCCUCCUAGCAAGUAAAGCCAAAGGAGCAGCCGUCAAAUUGGCUGACUUCGGAUUAGCAAUAGAAGUGCAAGGAGAACAACAGGCUUGGUUCGGUUUCGCGGGUACUCCUGGAUAUCUCUCUCCGGAAGUGUUGAAAAAGGAACCGUACGGAAAGCCCGUGGACAUCUGGGCCUGCGGAGUCAUCCUCUACAUCCUUCUAGUCGGUUAUCCGCCAUUCUGGGAUGAGGAUCAGCAUCGACUCUACGCGCAGAUCAAAGCAGGAGCAUAUGACUACCCGAGUCCGGAAUGGGACACUGUCACGCCGGAAGCCAAAAACCUCAUCAACCAAAUGUUAACAGUAAACGCAGCCAAGAGGAUAACUGCCUCAGAAGCCCUCAAACACCCAUGGAUCUGCCAACGCGAACGUGUGGCAUCAGUGGUUCACAGACAAGAGACUGUCGACUGCCUCAAGAAAUUCAAUGCUAGGCGUAAACUCAAAGGCGCUAUACUCACCACUAUGUUGGCGACAAGGAAUUUCUCAAGCAGAAGUAUAGUUGUGAAGAAAGGCGAUGGGUCCCAAGUAAAGGAAUCAACAGAUAGUUCCACAACUAUAGAAGACGAUGAUGUCAAAGAGGAAAAGAAAGGCGCAGUCGAUCGCAGUUCUACGGUAAUAGCCAAAGAGCCGGAAGGCUCUGGUACACCACCCCAAUCGCCAAGAGUAGCACCAUCAACUUCAAGCUCCCCCUCAAGUUCUGUAACAACCUCAGUGAUGAGACCAAAUGCGCUUAACUUAGGACAAGCUAUGCUUCAAAGUAUUCAAGCUCGAAGACAGGAGAUCAUUAAAAUCACCGAACAACUUAUUGAAGCAAUCAACUCGGGUGACUUUGUAGCUUAUACAAAAAUUUGUGAUCCUCAUCUCACAGCAUUCGAGCCUGAAGCCAUGGGGAAUUUAGUGGAAGGCAUGGAUUUCCAUAAAUUUUAUUUCGAUAACGUUCUCAGUAAGAACUGUAAGGCAGUCAACACCACCAUUUUAAACCCACAUGUUCAUCUUUUGGGAGAAGAUGCAGCAUGUAUAGCCUAUGUCAGGCUCACUCAGUACUUAGACAAACAAGGCCAGGCCCACACCCAUCAAUCAGAGGAGAGUCGAGUUUGGCACAAAAAAGACAACAAAUGGCAAAACGUGCAUUUUCACAGGAGUGGUAGCACCGGCGGAAGUGCAUUUGGAUUCAGUAAAUAGUUCACUUGAAACUUUCUCUGCUUCUUGUGUGAAAAGUGACAGUUUGAUCAAGACCGCGGAAAAAAAUUAACGAAGAUUGUUUUAGAUUGAUUGAUUGAAUCUAUUCACAUAUAAACACUUCGCAUUUUCCUGGUCAACUUUUCAUCUAAUUUUCACCGUUCAAUAAUGAAUUGUAAAUUUACGAAUUACCUCUUCAUAUUCGCUUACAUGAUUUAUUUAUAAAAUCCCCUAUCUUGAUGUAAUAAAUGAAAUAACGAGAUUUCGCCGGGUUUUUUCAGACAAAUAUACUGAAAAACUGCUUGAGAAAAUCGCAUAAGGCAACUUGUUUUUAUAUGCAGGUGGAUCUACCAAAACUUCCGAAAAAUCACAACAUAUCCAUGAUCCUCUUAAAGAGAAUCCAAUGAAUUGAUUCACACUCAAGAAGGAAAAUGUACUUUUUUUUCCUGUUGCCCACUAUGCAUUUUCGAGAUAAUAAAGAACUUUUCAAUUUUAAAGAUCUUCCUCUAGAUUUCAAAGCGGAGAAACUAAACUGAAGGAAGAGAUUUAUUUACUCCUCUGUAAUAUAAAGUAUCCUCAAAAACAUUGUUUUGUUCAUAUAUCGAAAGGUAGUGAUUUCAGUAGAAGAUCAUCAGUUGUGCAAAAAUACACUUGUUUUUGUUCUGAAAGGGCUAGAACAUUUGAGAUAAACUUUAGAAAUUGAAGUUCUAUUUAUUACAUAUUAUGUACUAUAUAUAUUAUAUUACCCUGGAACUACCAAAGAAAUGCUCGUCGUAAAUAGGGAAUAAGUUAUUUUCAAAAUUGAAAAUUUUUAGUGAAUGUCAUCAAAGAAAUUCGAUAGCGAUGGGAAUAUAUGCGACCAAGUGAAAGAAUAAACAUACCUAUACUAUCUACUCUUCGACCGUAGAAACAAAUAUAGGGGCAUUUCUGACAGAUAAUUUUUAUAGAAUAAUCGAAUUUUUAUUCUAGAAUAUCUUAUUCCGAAUUUUAAAUUGAGUGAGUUUUUCCUCAAUUAACAAAUACGUACCUGUAGGUAUAUGCAGGAGGCACUUGUGAAUUGGUGUGAAUAUUCCUUUCUGCUUCCAAGAUAUUGUGCCAACAUGAAGUUGUUGCUGGAAUUCACUAUGACGAUUAUUUCAUUAAAUAAAAUAACUCAAAGUUAGUUAAGUUAAGAACAGAAGAAUCGAUUUCAAAAAGUUUCAUUACUUCACAAGUGCCCGUAUACCUAUACAAUCUACAAAACUGAAUAAGUAUGCCGAUUACAAUUGGGUACUCUUUAAUAUAAUAAUAAUAAUAAUAUUAUAAUACUUUGAAAUAAAAUAUCCCCUUCUAUAUAAUAUGUCAGAUUCAGUGUACUAUACAUGAAAGCUUGAGGCAAGUUCAGUUACUCAAGGUUUAUUCUGAAUUUGGGGCCUUCCAACUGCCUUCAAUCCUAGAGGUACUGUAGCUCCAUCAUCUCAUAAUAUAGGUUUCACUGUAGGGUGAUUUUUUACGCAAGUUUUGACCUUUAAAGCAGGAAUAUUCUCUUAGAAUGAUUAAUCGGAUUGAAACAAAUUCAAACUGAUACGUUUCAAUCGGUAAACUUCAGCUUAAUUAUCAUCAUAAAAACUCAAGUUGAAGCUUGGAGAUAAUUCCCAUAAAAUAUAAACAGAUAAGUGAUUAGAUUUUCUGUUCUUGAGAAUUAAUAAGGAAGUACAAAUUGUUCAAAAUCAGACUUUUAGGGAAAAUGAAGAGAUAAAGCAGCUUUGUUUAAAUUUGGAAGAUUUAUUCAAACUUUCACAGUUUCACCACAUGUUAGAUAGAAAUAAAAUGUGGAUUUAGAUAUUCAAUUUCAUUCAUUAUGAAUAUAGGAAUGUAUAAAGUUAUUGGAAGUUUGAGAAUAUUGUAUUUCUACAUUGAUUCGGAUAUAGUUUAUACUCGAAAUUGUUCUUGUGUGGUUGAUGACAACAUAUAGAUGUAAUUAUAUUAAUUAACUCGGAAAAACUUUGUUCUUCAGAUAAUGAAUUUGCCUAAUUAAUAUGAUGGCUUCUCUGAUAUAAAUUCUUCAUUGCUGAAUUGAACUUGAAAUUCAUUCACUGUCGAAUAUUCAAUUGAAUAAUAUAAGAAAUAUAUUUAAUGUUCAACUUUUUGCAUUUAACGAAUUUCAGAGUUUCUGCUUUCAAGUGAUAUUUGGUGAAUAUAGGUAUUCAACGACAAAAGUAACGAAUGAAUUUGAAACAUCUGCAAAAAGGGACUCAUAAGUAUUUAAUACCUACAUAAAACAUAACUACCUACCUAAUAAUAGAUAGCCGAUAGAUUCGUCGUUGAAUUUUUUCAAUUGAACCACGAAUUCUACAAAUUUUAUAUGGGGAAUCCUUUCUACCUAUACCAUUUCUCAAUGUGCAAUAUUGUAUUCCUUAAGCAUAUGUAAUUUUCAAAUGAAUCAUUUGGAAUGAUGCACAAUUGAUUCUUAUGAUUAUUGAAAUUCUGCAGAGUUUCAAUAUUGCGCAAGGACAUCCAAAAAUUGAAUCUCAACAAUUGAUUGAGGAUUCGCUACUUUUAACUUUCAGAAAAUUCCACUCAUCGUCUGUUCAAACAAUAUUGACUCUCUGUAGAAGGCCUCUCUAUUAAUAAUUAAGUGGAGUGCGUUUUUCCAUUAAUACAUAAAUUGUGAAAAGUGAGAGUGAAUAAUAUUAUAUCACAAGUGAAUCAGAAUUACAUGUUUUUUUGAAGAA